AUGAUACGAGACAACAUUGUUAUUGGUAUAAAUAGUCAAAAGCUACAGAAAAAACUUCUAGAAACGGAAAAUUUAACCCUGCAAAAAACCAUCGAUAUCGCUCGUGCAGCUGAGUUAGUGGAAAAGUACGCAGACGAGAUGCAACAACAGAACAAAUACACAGAAGUAAAUUCAAUUAGUACCCACAAACAAAUUUCACAAAAUAGCGGUAAGCGAAAUUCCAUAGUAAACGCGAAAAGCUUAAGCACAGAAAACGCACAUAUUAAGCAUAAAAUGCGACAAAGCUCAAAUUGUAAAUUCUGUAGAGGCGUUCACGAAUUUCGCAAAUGCCCUGCAUUCGGCAAAAAAUGCAACAACUGCGGACGUUUAAAUCAUUUUAGUGUUGCUUGUUACAGCUCACAAGUGCAUGAAAUAAGAGAAAAUGACGAAAAAAGGGAAAAUGAUGAUAUUGUUUUGCACAAUAUUGAAGAUUUAGCAGCGGGUCGGAAAAGAUGGUAUGAAAAGAUUAGAGUAAAUGACUGCCUCAUAAAUUUUAAGUUAGAUACCGGUGCCGACGUAAAUAUUUUGCCUUAUAAGUAUUUUAAAAAAUACCUGAAAAAUACUGCGCUCGACACAGGUGGUUUGUCUCCACGAAGUUAUAGUGGAGCUGACUUGGACUACAAGGGUAUCAUUGAGUGUGUAGUAAUGUGCCGAAAUGAAAUUAAGAUUUUGCCAUUCACUGUUGUUGAUACACCGUACGAGCCUUUGUUGGGAUUAGAAGCAUGUGAGCAGCUGAACCUUAUUAAGCGCAUUGAUGUGAUUCGUGAAGCAUCAAAAGAUGAAUUUAUUCGAAAUUAUAGUGAUGUUUUCGAAGGGACGGGAUGUUUUGUAACAAAUCUGGACAUUAAAGUAAAGAAAAGCUCCGUUCCGGUGGUAAAACCGGCAAGAAGGAUUCCACAGUCAUUGGUAGCCAAAGUAAAAAAUGAGUUGCAGAAUAUGGUAGAAAAGAAGAUAAUUGAACGAGUGGAUGGGCCCAUUGAACGUGCUUCCAAUCUUGUAAUUGUGGAGAAGAAAUCAGGAAAACUGCGUUUGUGUAUCGACCCGCAAGACCUGAAUGCAGAUAUACUAUCGGAGAACCAUACGAUUCCAUCAUUCGAAUCAAUAUCGGUACGUAUUGCUAAUAGUAAAAUAUUCACUGUGCUAGAUUUGAAGGAAGGAUUUUGGCAAAUAGGCCUUAGUGCAAAAGCUAGUGAACUCUGUUCUUUCAAUACACCGUUUGGGUGCUACCGUUUCAAGCGUUUGCCAUUUGGUAUCAAAAUAGGUCCUGGGGUCUUUCAAAAAUACAACGAAAGAAACUACGAAGAUAUCCCAAAUGUAAUCGUAUUCAUUGACGAUAUAUUAAUUGCAGCAAAAAGUGUUGAAGAACAUGAUCGUACCCUGAGACUAGUUAUGGAACGAGCAAGAAAAUUGAAUAUCAAAUUUAAUGUCGACAAAAUCCAAUACAAGGUAACUGAGGUUAAAUAUUUAGGAAAAAUUAUUUCGCUUGAUGGCAUACGCUGCGAUCCUGAUAGAGUAAGAGCAAUAAUGCAAAUACAAAAACCCAACAAUAAAAAAGAUUUGCAAAAAUUACUGGGCAUGAUAAGCUAUAUUCGAGAAUAUAUACCGAAUUUAUCUAGUAUUUCCCAACCGUUGCGAGAAUUGCUUAAGUCCAACGUUGUAUAUGAAUGGCAAUCAGCUCACGAAAGUUGUUUGCAGUUGAUAAAAGCAAUGAUAGCAAACGCGCCAACUCUUCAAUCAUUUGAUGACAAAAAAGAAAUAACAGUAGAGACAGAUGCUUCUAAAUUUGGUAUCGGAAAAUUUUUGUACAUCGCGGAUUUGUUAUCCCGAUAUUUUGACAAGGAGAAUAACGCGCCAGAUAUAGAGGAUUUAAAUGAGUUCGUCCAUUCCUUGAACAUCACCGACGAACGUCUGACAAGCUUUCGAAAGGAAAUAGAAAAUGAUAAUCUUCUAGCACAAUUGAAGACUGUUUUAAAAAAUGGUAUUGAUAAAACGAAAAAACGCGCACGUGAAUUAGUGUACUGGCCAGGAAUCGACGAUGCAAUUGAAAAAAUGAUUACCAAAUGCAAUGUAUGCCAACGAAGUCGCUCUGUUAAUGUGAAGGAACCAAUGAUCCCCCACACCGUUCCCAAUUUACCUUUUAAUAAAUUAGGUAUAGAUAUUUGUGAAUUUGCGUCAAGGAACUAUCUAAUAAUAGCAGAUUAUUACUCGCGGUAUUUGGAAAUAGCUCUUUUAAAAUCGAAAACAUCAUCUGAGUGUAUCAAUGCACUCAAAACAUGCUUCUCAGUACACGGAAUACCUGUAGAAAUCGUUUCGGAUAAUAUGCCUUUUAACUCAUAUGAGUUUAAACGAUUUUGUGAUCACAUUGGUGUUAAAUUAACUACAAUAAGCCCUGGAUAUUCGCAAUCGAACGGAUUUGCUGAGCGUUUUGUUGGGAUUGCAAAAAACUUAAUCAAGAAAGCAAACGAAAGCAAUCAAAAAUUACGGCUAGCCUUGCUUGAGUAUCGUAAUACACCGCUUAAAGAUGUUGACGCCUCGCCAGUGGAGUUAUUGAUGAAGCUUCUGGCGAAAGAACUGUCAAUGAAUACACCUAGCAAUUUAGCACUUCCUGCUAGGAAAGCACUAGCCCGUAAACACACGCUAGAGAUGCGGCAGAAGAAAUGGGACGAAUCGUCCAACGGACGCUGGACACAACGACUAAUACCAAACAUCGAAAAAUGGUUCUCCCGCCCGUACGGCGAAGCUAACUUCCAUUUAACCCAGAUGCUCACCGGCCACGGCUGCUUCAGAUCGUUCCUGAAACGCUUCAAACACGAAGAGCUUGACCAUUGCGAAGCGUGUGGUGAUGGCAUUAUCGAAGACGUCGAACAUGUUUUGUUCCACUGCCCGAGAUUCGAUCUGGAUAAAAACCACAUUCGCUCUGUAUUUGGAGAACACCUCACACCUGAAAACAUGGUAGUUCACAUGAUAGAAUCCGUUGGAAAAUGGGAAGCGGUGAACAAUGCCGUCACGCACAUUUUGACCCAACUGAGAAGAGAUGAGCCGCGUCGAAAUGGACGACACAUAACUACGCCCAGAUGA